GUUGUUAAUUAACGCGCCAACGAUUGGUAUAAAUAAUGUCAGCAAACGACAAAAAGCAACUUCUGUUUUAAGAAAUCACCCAGACAUAUAUAUGUAUAACAUGGGAGUAAAAGUUGCCGCCGUAUACCUGGUUCUGAUCAUUUGCACAUUCCAAGAUGUUGAAGUAAAAAGUAUGAGAGUGUCAAGACAAGUUACUUCUGAUUUUCAAAGCCAAGUUACAAACAGCGUGAACGCAAGUGAUAAUUCUUUAGCGGAGAACGUUGGACAAGUUAUUGAUGGUACAACAUUUAACUUACAGCUAUGCCCUACUUGUUCUGGACAAUCUAAGUCUUAACAUCUAAACUGGCUGAAUUCGAAAUAA